AUGCUCAAACGACUUGUUCUGCGUCGUUCGUCUGCGACGUCGCGCUCGUCGUCCUUGAGCUCGUCAUCGCUGAGACUUCUUGCACAAUGUCGGCGCCGCAAUAACCUCGUUGCCUUGCCACCAUCGACAUCGAUUAACACGUUGUCCAGAUGCACACGCGUGACCUCUUUCCCCAUCCUUCGAUUCGGACGCACAGCAUCCACCUUCUCCUUCCUCCCUUCAUCAUCAGCUUCUCCAGACAUGUCGAAUCUUACGCCACCACAGCCGCCACCAACAUGGCAGCACAAACCUGAAGAGGUGCUCGACCUGUCAAAGAAGACAAUUGAUCAUGUCAAGCAGAUAUAUGAUAGGGUUGGCGCUCUGGACGCUAAAGAUUGCACGUUUGAUUCGGUGUAUGGUGCACUUGCCAAGGCAGAGGCAGAAACUCAGGUCCUUGACCCAGUUCUCUUCUACCAGAACGUCUCGACAUCCAAGGAGCUCCGUGAUGCAUCAAAUCAGGCGGAGACCCUUGUCAGGAACUUCCUUGUGGAGCUCGAGAUGCGCGUGGAUGUAUUUACUGCAAAGAAGAAUGCAGACGCCAAUAUCAAAGCUCAGGGUGUAAAACUCAACGUGGAGCAACGCAGGCUUAUAGAGAAGAUGUUACUAGACGGUAAACGCGCAGGUCUGGACCUUUCGGAAGACAAACGAAAGGUUUUAGAAGAGAAGAAGAAGGAGCUUAAUCAACUAUGCGUGGAAUUUAGUAAAAACUUCAACGAGGAAGCUGGAAAAAUCUUCUUCACCGAAGAGGAACUGAAAGGCGUCCCUGCGGAUGUUGUUUCGGGCUAUGAGAAACGCGUUGAGGAUUCAAAAGUCACUUACGGCGUAACUCACAAGACACCCGAUACCUUCCCACUGUUCAAAUACGCCCAAAAUCCCGAUACUCGAAGGAAGGCUUUCUCGAGCUAUGAAAAUCGCUUGGCCGUGAACGUACCGAUAUUGAACAAGUGCUUGGACUUGCGACGGGAAAUUGCUCCGAUUCUUGGGUAUGCUACCUGGGCCGAUUACAUCACGGAGGAGAAGAUGGCAAAGUCCGCAAAGAGUGUCAACGAGUUCCUAGAUGAUCUCGAACAGAAACUACGACCCGUUGGUGUUAAAGAUCGCGAGACACUUUUAGAGAUGAAGCGUAAGGAACACGAAUCAACCGGUCUUCCGUUUGAUGGCGAGUUCUACAUUUGGGACUAUCGCUAUUAUGACAGGAAAUUCACAGAAGAGCGUCUUGCGCUGGAUGACGCCCUCGUGAAGGAGUAUUUCCCUGUCUCCUUCGUCGUACCUGCAGUUCUCGAGAUCUACCAGAAGCUACUCGGCGUUCGGUUUGAGCCCAUCAAGUCUACGGAACUUUGGCAUCCAGACGCCGAACUAUUUUCCGUAUGGAGCGCUGAUGCUAAGGAUGAAAGCGGCUUCGUAGGGUACUGUUACUUGGACCUCUUCCCGCGAGAGGCGAAGUACUCUCAUGCGGCAGUCUGGCCGCUCAUCCCCGGUUACGAUAUUGAGGGCGGGAAGCGAAACUUCCCCGUUGCAGCAAUGGUUGCCAACCUUGCCAAACCAACACCAGAGAGACCCGCACUUAUGCGACACGAUGAUGUCGUGACGUUCUUCCAUGAGAUGGGCCAUGUCUUCCAUGGGCUGUUGAGCAAAACUCAAUAUUCACGUUUCCAUGGGACGAACGUUGCUCGUGAUUUCGUAGAAGCUCCGUCUCAGAUGCUGGAGAACUGGUGCUGGGAGCCUAAAGUGCUGAAGUACAUGUCGCAGCACUUCAAGACAAAAGAGCCCCUGUCGGAUGACCUUAUUAAGAAGAUAAUUGACAGCCGAUAUGUAAACAUUGGGCUAUACUACCUCAGGCAACUUUUCUUCGCCAAGUUCGAUAUCAAGGUUCAUACAGACCAAGAACCGACGGACUAUACGGCAUUAUGGAACAACCUUAGGACGCAUAUAUCCUUGGUCAAGGGAUCCAAAGAGCCAGAACCAGGUCAGGGGACGUUCGGUCAUAUCACUGGGGGCUAUGAUGCUGGUUAUUACGGGUACAUGUAUUCCCUCGUAUUCGCCGCAGACAUGUACGCCACUGUGUUCAAGAAGGAUCCGCUGGAUCCUGCGCUUGGACAGAAGUACCGGAAGGAGAUCUUACUUCCUGGUGGAAGUAGGGAUGAUCUUGAUUCGUUGAAGGCGUUCUUGGGUCGUCCGCCGAACUCGGAAGCUUUCUUGAAAGAGCUGUUUGGGUCGUCUUGAGUCUGUGAGGAAGGCGUUUACAAUAGAGGUUGUGAUCCAGUAGUUCGUUAAAAAUAGAAAUACAAGUUUCGUCUAUGCCGCACGUGUGGAUCCGUAUCUCAGGUAAUACGGUAGUACAACGGCGACUCGGCGGUAUUAUGCGUUUUCAGGCUACUGGGCUCGUAUUUAUCUAUUUAUUUAGCAAUGAGUAGCUAGUGGUGGUCUAUAAAGAUAACAUGCUCUUGUCUUCUUAAUAAACUAAGCAUGCACAAUGAUUCUUUCUUAUAAAUUCGGAGUAGGGACAAGAUAGCUAUAAGCAUCUAAACAAGGGAUGGUAGCUGAGAUGAAUACACGCAGGAACAACCUGUUUCACCUGGCCUUAUCUCCGACCAUCGUGAAUUGUGACUUAAUUCAGACGGGAUUCACCAAGCACAGUGACCGCCAUCUAUAACGAUAUCGGUCCCAAUGCAGAAUGUUGAUGCAUCCGAUGCCAGCCACACGAUAACACCCCUCAAUUCAGCUGGUUUUCCAAGUCUGCCGAGAGGGUUCUGAGACCUAAGAACCUUCUCCGUUUCACCCAUGAACGAUUCUGUCGCAUCUGUAUAAAAGUAUCCUGGCGAUAGAGAAUUCACCCUGAUUCUGUAAGAUGCAAGUUCGCACGCCAUAGAACGAGCCAUUUGAAUGCAAGCCCCUUUUGAGCAACUGUAUGCAGUAGCCUGGAAUUCUUGCAAUGCCACGCUUCCGGCAGCAGAUGCGACAAGUACAAUGC